GCAUAAACAUACACUAAAAAUAAACGAUCACAUGUCUUUCACAUUCAUCUCCGCUACAUUACUGCUAAAAGAGGUAACAGUUUCGGGAGAACCGCGGUAUAUGAACUUGAUCGAGUUUCCACGAAAUUCAGGUUGCGCGCAAAAUCUUGCUCGUUAAUUUAUAGCACUCCGCGAUCUUCUCUGCAAUCAGACCCAUAGCACGGUUUGAAUCAUAGCAGAUACCACACAGUCGAUACUCUUAAGCUGUGGUUGCACUAACAGGCCUUCAAGAAUAAACAGCCCCAAAGGUUGGAGUAUUAUAUGAUCUAUAAAACAUGUCGGCAUUGAAGAGAAGCCCCCGAAAUGUCCGCAGUCCGCGCAGCACAGCGGCCAUGGUCAAACACCUGCCGUCUGCGGUGGCCGCCUUACUGCAGCCGGGCAAGGGGCCGGCAAAGUUGACCAAAUUCGACACCCCGGGCGGGGAAAAGUGGAUGACCUUAACCGAAUUUCUGUGGAACAUCAGUCAGGUGCAGGCGCAGGAGGCACUCAACACCGACUUCAUCCAGGGCAUCAAGAGUGGUCUCCUGGAUCCCACCAACUACGGUGGCUACACAGUUCAGGACGCCGUGUACUGCGAUAAUGCCACUGGCUGCUAUGAGAAAGCUGAGAGUAAAGCCACCGAUGAAGACCUAAAGAAAUUCAUUGCCGCACGCAUAGAAAGUUACGCUGAGUACACGGAGAUAAUGUUCAAAGAGUGGUACAUCAAGCACCCAAAAGGGAUUGCCAUGGGAGACGCCGCUGCCUCCUACUCUGAAUUCGAGCUGGACGUGGCUACAACGGAGGAGCCGUUUUACCUGCUGAUCGCCAUGUUGCCGUGCGAGAAGCUGUGGGGGUGGCUUGCUCAGGAGAUCAAAUCAGGCAUAAAUGACACCAACGUGUACAGUUUCUGGAUACAAGAUAACCUGCCGGGAAGCCAUACACUCGCGAAUUACAUCGACGAGAAUGCCGAGAAGUUUAAAGUGGAUCUAAAGAAGGCCAUGAAGAUCUACAAAGAUGGUAUGCAGUGCGAGGUGGAUUUUUUCACUUCGGGAACAAUCGAGGAGGUAAACUGAAUGGUCUGAACGUCCAACGUUCCAACUGUGAGGUUGCAACACUCUUAAUUAAUAAAUUAAUGCAAAAUUACACAUGAUCGAAACCUACUUGGUGAACGUUAGGCUCCGUCAUUUUUUUGCAAUUCUAUUAAGCGCAAUUGAUACUGGAAUACUCUUUUUUAUAAUGUUUUUUUAGCUCGUGGCAAUUGUAGCAGGUUUAUGGCAAUUUUUGGAAAAUCGCGUUUUAUUCGUAGAAUUUAGUUUUAAGUGGAAUGUUAUCUGUAACAUACGAUCAUUAAGUAUGUGCGUAUUAAACCUAUGUACAAAAUAAAACAUGGAGGCGUAUUGGUGCGAAUCAAAUAUUAUUAUGUUGAUUGUACACGGUAAAUGGUCUUGGUCAAAAUACUAAAAAAAAUAGAAAGAAAAAAUAGCAACAUGUCACCACCAGCUGACAAUUUGGAGUUUGUGAUUUGUUUUUCCAAAAAUAGGGAUGAUCAGAUAACUGGGUUCGAAUUUUGGAAAUCAUUGCCUCCAGGCCGUUUAAUCAAACGGCUGUUGGCUCAAACGGCACAAUCAAACCUCCCACUACAACCCCCAUUCCGGUGUUGCACAUGUGUUUAUUUAAACCGUUCGCUUGGCGACUGCAACCGCACUUUUGACUGGCCGUUCCCGAAUCCAUAAGAGCUUGACGAACUGACCAAUCACGGCCUCGACAGUGGUUUGAAAGAGAUCGGUCCAUGCGAGUGAAACGAUUCGACCUGCUUGGAAUGCCACUCCCACAUAUUCUCGCACACAAAAUGUGAACCUCUGUAGCUGCAUUUUGAGGAAUGUUUCCCAAUUUCGGCUUUCAAAAUUUAAAUGCCACAGUAACGAAAAAAUAAGGAGCUCUUCAGUGUUACCAAACUGAUCCUUUAAUGUGAAGAAAAAAAUACACUGUAGUGCCAACAACUGCGUAGAGAAAAUGAUUGUAGAAAAACGGGUUUAGAAACAAAAUCAUCCGUUUCUAGUGCUACCCACGUCCCCAAGAAAAAAAGGUUAUGUUGAACAUGCAAAAUAUUUCAAACCAAAUAGCCCCUAAAGAUUCUAUGAGACUGAACGUUUUAGAAAUGCCAACAAUUUAAAUUGAUGCCGACUAGAAGAUUUAAUUUGUUUUAUUCUUUGUUUCUACUAAUUUUUGGGGGAAUAUAUGACUUCGAGCAAUAAUUAAUUUGAAUAAAACCAUCCACUCUUACCCUACAAGGCAAACUGAAAAAUUCAAUUUAAGAAAUCAAAAAACCGCAUUGGCUCUCAAAUCCAUUAGACACACAGGCCCAGACAUCUGGAACUCUCUGCUUAUUGUAAUAAGAAACCUUAGGACAUUGUAUUCUUUCAAGAAGGCAGUUAACAUUUUACUGUAUUCAUGUUCGUGUGUACAUUGACUGUUUAUUCAACAAUGA